AAUCAAAUAUCUUAAUUGAAAAUUGUUGCCGUAACCGUCAUCGUCGUAGUCGAAAUAUAGAAACCUCGAUCGUCCACCAUUGAAGACGAAACAAGGUAUUCGAAGGGUGAAGAACUCUCUAGAGCAUAUGUAUAAUGUAUUAAUGUUUUGGAAUUCGAUGUUGAAGGCUACCAUUGAUGGUCAGCUAGAGGAGAGAGAAUCAAGUCUAGAAUUUGAAGUUGAAGGUUGCCAUUAAUUACCAAAGGAGAGAGAAUUGCAAGGAAGGAGAAGAAGAUAGAGAAAGAGGAGAGAGAAAGAGUAAGAGAAAGAAGAAGCUAUUGUUAAUUUUAAUUUUGUAGCAGGUUCAUUAAUCUAGUAAUUCAUUGAUUUGGUGGUUCCGACUCACCAAGCCUCACCAAAUAUAUUGUGCGUGCUAAAAUCCACUAUCCCUAGAUCAAUAGUCAUGAAUCGUCGUGGAAAUCUGAUGGCCACAUGAGAGAUGAGUAUAAUGCUAGAUUUCUCAUUAAAAGAAACAACUUGUGGAAUGAAAACCUCUGUUAUGAAUUCUUCAAUGAAAGUGCUAUAUUGUGAGAGGGAUUCUUGCCCAAAGAACAAGAGAAUCUAGCCACGAUGAUCAGGUAAAAAGAUCUACCAAGCAUUGGAUCUGAAUCCUCCCUUUGUUAUUUGGGGCAUCAUUAUUAGCUCUAGUAGAGAUGAAGAGAGGAAGAAGGAUCGUUUCCAGAUGCUUAGACAUGGAAGUGACCAAGAAAGAAGGGAGCAGGGAACGAGAUUGUCUUACCGCCUUUAUUCAAGGAGGAGGGCAAUGCGACAAAAGCAAUCUUUUUUUUUGCAUUUACUUGGAAUGCGAGCAAUAAAGCAUCUUCUCUGCUACAAUGAAGGAUCGAUGGACAAACUACCCUGUGGCAAGAUGAGGAUGAGAUUUACAGCACAAGUAAGGCCUAGAGUUUGGUGAAAAGUCUCUAGUGGAGCUUGGAGGUAGCGAAAAAGAGGACAAGACUACAUGUAAAUGUAAUCACGAACAACAAUAACAUCAUUAAAUGGAUCUCCAAGGAAGAAGAUGGACUUAUCGACUGCCGAAAUGACAUACUAGAGAUCUUUAACAACAUGAGUUCCUUUCAUUGUAUUACUUUAAGACUCAAAUAUACAAAAAUAAGGAAGAGUUAGGCUCUGCACGUACUCUAAAAGCCCCCAAACCGACUCCACCGAAUCCAAUUUCUGGUGUGGAACCCAAAACAUAGUCUCGUGGACUCUCGUCCCCUAUCUCUCUCCCUCUCCCUCUCCCUUUCCCUCUCAACUUCUCACUCUCUUUCGCUCACAAAGUCACGAUUAUAGCGUAAAACAAAGAGGAGGUCCUCCACCUUCAUUGUCAAAAUCCUCACUCAAAUUCAUGAAACCCCCAAAAUUCAGAAAUCUCUCUUCUUCAUCAACAACAAGGUCUAAAACCUCAGCUUUUCCUUCAACUCUCUCGAUCUAAUACCCCUUUCAACUCGCAAGAUCUGAAAACCUAAACUCUUCGUGACGCGCGUGCCAGUUGCGGGGAUGAGUGGACGCCGCCCUGCUAGGAGUGGACUUGACGCUACUGCUCAGCCCGCUAGUCGCGCCAUCAGUGGCCCUUCUGCUAAUUCUGCAGGAGCAUCAUCACCUACUGUUCCUCCGAACUUUGGUGGAGCAGAUUGGUCUGGUCAUGGCCCAGGUUCUAAGACAGGUUCUCUAUCAGGGAUUGCUACACAACCGCCUCGGACUUCCUUGAGCACGAGUGCUGGUGGCUCUGCACUUGGAUCAUCACAGCCUUCAUGCAGACCUUGGGAAAGAGGAGACCUACUCAGGCGCCUUGCCACAUUUAAUCCAGGGAAUUGGUUUGGGAAACCAAAGGCUGCUAGUUCAUUAGCUUGUGCGCGUAGAGGAUGGGUAAAUAUUGAUAUUGAUAAGAUUGAAUGUGAGACAUGUGGUUCAAGCCUUAAAUAUGUUACGACUGCUGGCUGGAUGUCUUCUGAAGCUGAUGGUGCAGCUGAAGAGUUUUCCAAACAGCUUGAUUCAGGACACAAGGGAACCUGCCCUUGGAGAGGAAAUAGCUGUCCAGAGAGCCUGGUGCAGUUUCCUCCAACUCCUCCAUCAGCUUUGAUUGGAGGAUACAAAGAUCGGUGUGAUGGGCUCUUGCAGUUUGCUGCACUACCGGUGGUAGCUGCUUCUGCAAUUGAGCAGAUGCGCAUUUCCCAUGGGCCACAAAUUGAUCGGUUUCUUGCUAACUCCGUUAACUUUUUGAUUGGGGAGCCAAGCAUUAAGUCAGAAAAUUUCUCAGGGAUGGAUCCUUCUAAAGAAGAGGCGUUCUCUUUAUAUUCUCGUGCACAAAAGCUGAUAGCCUUGUGUGGAUGGGAACCUAGAUGGCUUCCAGAUAUCCAGGAUUGUGAAGACCAUUCUGCUCAAUCUGCUAGAAAUGGGUAUUCUGUAGGACUGUCUAUGAAAUGUGGUCAUCCUAAUGAUCCUGGUCCAAGCAAGAAAGCUUUCUCAAGUACAGCCAAAAAAUAUUCUGGCAAGAAUGAAGUAAUGGGUCCUGAAUCUAAAUGCGAAUCUAGGUCACCGUUGCUGGAUUGCAGCUUAUGUGGUGCUACUGUGAGAAUCUGGAACUUCAUAACUAUUUCUCGCCCUGUUUGUGUACUGCCCAAUGGGAUUGAGAUCCCUGAGACAAGUAAAAAGAUGGUUUUAACUCGUGGUGUGAGUGCAGCCAGUGGAAUCAGUGGAUGGGUGGGUGGUGAUGGCAUGGAGAAAGAGCAGGCUGAAUACCAUGAUGAAGCUGCUACUAUAGUUGAGGGAAAGCUCAUGUCAAAUGCAGCUGUUGAUUUAAAUCUAACUAUGGCUGGUGGCUUGUUAUCAGGAAAUGCUCAUGUGCCUGAAAUCUCUCAGCAUUAUCAUGAUGUUGACUUGGGGAAAGAUCUAAUGAUUGGACAGCCUUCUACCAGCGAGGUUGGUGAUCGUGCUGCUUCCUAUGAAUCGCGAGGACCAAGUACUCGUAAACGAAGCUUGGAUGAGGGUGGAAGCACAGUAGACAGGCCAAUUUUAAGGAUGCAACAGGCUGAUAGUCUUGAGGGAUCAGUUAUUGAUCGUGAUGUUGAUGAAGUUGAUGAUGGUAAGCAGUAUCUAGCUGAGCCCUCAAAGCGUGCUCGUGAGUCUGAUGUUAUCGAAAGGUGUGGGUCUUCAUUUCGGAGAGAUUCAUCUGGUGCAGGCCCUAGCAACUCGCAAGGCAUUGAUAUUGAAGUAGAUGAAAGAAGAAUCGAUGUAUUACAAGGAAAUGAUGAAGUUCACCGCUUUCCUGCUACUAGAGAUUCAACACAUGCAUCCUCUGUUAUCGCAAUGGAUACUAUUUGUCACAGUGCAGAUGAUGAUUCCAUGGAAAGUGUUGAAAAUCAUCCUGGAGAUGUUGAUGAUAUUAAUUUUCCUUCCGUAGCUAUGACUAAGAAUGCUGAUAUGAUUGACACUUCAGACCUGAAUUAUAGUAAUCAGGCACAACAAAGUGCCUGUUUUCAACCAGCGGCUGCUCGGGCUGGUGGAGAAAUAGGUGUAAGUAGCACAAAUGAUGACGACGAAGUACUGAACACAGAUACAGUUACUGCGCCAGCUAGGGAUGGCCCUAGUAUAGGUGUAAGUGGUGGGAGUGUUGGGAUGGGUGCAAGUCAUGAAGCUGAGAUUCAUGGGACUGAUGUUUUUGCAAAUAGGUCUGAUAGUGGUGUUGGUGAUGUGGAGCCUAUAGCUGAGGUUGUUGAAAAUCAGGGACAGACUGGUGAGUUUGCCCCUGAACGUGGAUCCAGAGAUGGUUUUGUUGAGGAGAUGAAUAAAGAGGAUCCUCAUGGAGAUAGUCAAGAUGUUGUAUCGCGCUCAAUGGGUAGGGCAGAUAGUGGGUCGAAAGUUGUUGGUUCAAGGAAAGCGGAAUCUGUAGAAAGUGGCGAGAAGAACAGUGAGAUGCAAAUAUUAGCCCAAGAAGCUAGUGUUCAUCCUUCUCUAUCAUGUAAUGCUAUUAUGUAUUCAGGCAUUGAGGCAUCCAAGGAAGAAGUAUCUCAAGGAGGCAAGCAGUCACCUGCUGAUGAGGGUGCGUAUCCAGAGUCAGAUUAUAUGACGACCAAUGGGACAGGGCCUCCAAAUGGAGCGAGUAACUUUGAAGGUGUUGAAUUUGAUCCAAUUAAGCAUCACAAUAGUUUCUGUCCUUGGGUGAAUGGAAAUGUUGCAGCAGCUGGUUGCAGCACUGUUGCCAGUUCCUCAGCUGGUGUUGUAGCUCUCUGUGGCUGGCAGCUUACUCUUGAUGCUCUGGACGCUUUUCAAUCGCUGGGGCAUAUUCCAGUCCAAGCUGUGGAAUCCGAGUCUGCAGCAUCACUGUAUAAGGAUGAUCACCUUACUUCUAGCCAUAAACUUGUAGCACACAAUUCCUUCAGCAAAAGCCGCGGGCAAAGUGGAACUUGAAUCUUAAGCACAGCAUUAGUUAUGCAGUGCUGCAAAUUGAUGCCCUAUGCUUUAUCCUGGAUGCUGCUGCUGUGAUAUGGAAGAUUCUCACGGGUAGCAGAGUAACCUUUAUGUAAUUUCCUGUUAUUAUUCCCAUAUUGAAGAGUUUUAUGAUUAUAGUUUAUAUACAGAGAUUGGCAAUAAAUAAAUACACUCCUCAGGUAUACAGGAGUUUUUUUCAA